CCUUGCUCGAGAAAACGGCUGAGGUUGAGAGAGAGAGAGAGAGGUUUAUACGCGCGACUGCUGCAAGUGAGCUUGCGUCGGUAGCGUAAAGCUCGAGGAGGAGGAGAUCUCUCGAGCUUGGGGAAGGAAGGAAAGGGAGGAUGGAGAAGUACGAGGUGGUGCGGAACAUUGGGUCGGGGAACUUCGGCGUGGCGAAGCUGAUGCGCCACAAGGAGACCAAGGAACUCGUCGCCAUGAAGUACAUCGAGAGAGGCUAUCGGAUCGACGAGAACGUGGCAAGGGAGAUCGUCAACCACCGAUCGCUCCGCCAUCCCAAUAUCAUUCGUUUCAAGGAGGUUGUGCUGACGCCGACGCAUCUGGCGAUCGUGAUGGAGUACGCCGCGGGCGGCGAGCUCUUCGAUCGGAUCUGUGACGCCGGAAGAUUCAGCGAAGACGAGGCGAGGUAUUUCUUCCAGCAGCUCAUCUGCGGGGUCAGCUACUGCCAUUUCCGGCAAAUCUGCCACCGCGAUCUGAAGCUGGAGAACACCCUGCUCGACGGGAGCCCCGCGCCGCGCCUCAAGAUCUGCGAUUUCGGCUACUCCAAGUCGUCGCUGCUACACUCCAGGCCGAAAUCGACGGUGGGUACGCCGGCGUACAUCGCCCCGGAGGUCCUCUCCCGCCGUGAGUACGACGGAAAGCAAGCAGAUGUCUGGUCAUGUGGAGUAACUCUCUAUGUCAUGCUAGUAGGAGCAUACCCAUUCGAAGACCAACGUGAUCCGAAGAACUUCCGGAAGGCCAUUGGGAGAAUAAUGUCAGUUCAGUACAAGAUACCAGACCAUGUGCACAUAUCUCAGGACUGCAAGCAGCUCAUCUCCCGGAUCUUUGUUGCUAAUCCAGUGAAGAGGCUUACCAUAAGGGAAAUCAAAAGCCACCCUUGGUUCCUGAAGAACUUGCCCAGGGAGCUCACAGAAACAGCACAAGCUCUGUACUACAAGAGGGAUAACAAUGCUCCUCCUACCUACUCCACCCAAAGCGUUGAUGAGAUCAUGAACAUAUUAACGGAAGCCAGGGCACAUCGGAAGUUGUCACGGCCCAUCCUGGAGUGUCCAGAGGAUGAGUCGGAAGAAGAGGAGGCCAAGGAUGAGAAAGAAGAAGAAGGCUGUCCACCAUGGUGAAUUCGGGGUCAAUUGAUAGGUAAAGGUGUUUGCACUUAAUUAUAUGUAAAUUAGAAUGAGGGUUGAAAUAAUUUUGCCUACCAUUUUGAUGCUUGUGUUUAUGGUUGACCGAUUUCAAGUUUAUUUCGUGUCUUCUGUUUAUAAUCUAUGUUUGGCCAUGACGUUGUAGCA